UGGCUCUUUGCUGAGCUGUGUGAGAAUGGAUUCAAGACUGGGGAAGAAAAGCGGUCCCCACCGACUUUCGCUGCCCAACAUCCUCAAUAGGCCUUCAGAGCUCAAACCUCCUGCGCAUUCCACCUGGGGCAAACUUCCACCGGUCAGGAAAUACCCUGUGAUUGAGCAAAAGGGGUUCUACUCUGAACUAAUUUCUUCAUCAGCCAAACCUCGACUGAAGUGUUAUACACAGGGGCCCCAGACUGAGCAGAGUUUAGUGUGCCAAGCAGGAUAUGAAUCAAACACUCCAAAUGUCAGGACUUUCCACACACCCGAGGAUCUGCACAGCAUCGUGGAGAAGGAGAAACAUGGCCCAACCACUCAGCAGCUGCAGCAGACGGACUUCCCCGCAUCGAGCUACACGGCCAAGGUGCAGCUGCCUUACCAGUGCCAAAGUGGACAGGUGCCCCGAAAGAUUGAGAUUGAAAGGAGGAGGCGAGAGUAUCUUAAGAUGGACAUUGCGCAGCUGCUGGAAGAACAAGGCAUUCAGUCCAACCUCCUGAUCUCGAGACAUCAGACGAAUGUGGAGAGGAGAGCAACAUCAGAUGGUGGUUGGCCCACUGUGUCAAACUACUUACCCCUGGAGAUAUUUGACAAUGAGGAGUAUGACUGCCGUACUCCUCAAGACUGGAUGGCUUUAGGCAUUGAGCCAGGCUCUCACAAGAGGAAGCCUGUUCCCGCUAAAGCUCUGCUGCCCAACUUUGACAAAAUUGGACAAGACCUAAAAAAUCCAUCGGUAGUGUACUCUUGGCACUCAGUUGGGGUUUUAGAGUUCAACCCGAGCAAAAAGCUCUUCUUGGUGCACAAGGCCGACCGGAAUGGCAGGGUGAGGGACGUCAAUGGACGACCAGUAACUUUGAAGUCGAAAUCGAAAGGCACGCUCCUCUGCGGCCAGUACUGGGUCCCCAGGAUACAGGUGCAGUUCUGUGCCGAGGAUCCGCGAGAGUUCGCCCAGAGGAUCCUGUUCGCCCACCGCUGGAGACAGACCACAGAGGCCUUGCUGUUCUACCACCUGGCUGUGGACAACAUGCCCCUGUGGGACGGCAUGCCAUCUCUCGGCCAGGACAGCCUGGCCCGCAUCGAACGCCACACGCUCUCAACACCAGGCCUCAGGCUGAAGCUGCUUCAGAAAUGUGUGGUGCAGCUGGAGAAGGAGAUUAAUCUGGAGUUCAAUCGCACCAUGAACCGGAUGGUUUUUGACAAAGUGGUGAAAGAGGACCCGGAGAACUUCUCCCACAUCACCGUCCCUCAAAGAGAGCCGGAGUGCGUGCCUGAGCGAGGAUUUGUGGAUAUCCCCUCGUAUCCUUUUGAGAAGAACCGUGCAGCCUUCACCUUCAACACGCUCCUGACUAAGCCGGAGGUGAUCUUGGCGCUGUCUAAAGUGCAGGCCGAGUGCGACAGGGUGGCCACCAUGAGCCUGUUCCACCUCACCUUCACCAAGGUGCUACGGCUCGAGGAGUUUGAGCUGGCUCAGUCACAGACGCACGCACAGGUCCAGCUGUUCCUGUGCGACUCGUGGGUGACCACUCUGUGCAACAGCAUCCGCUCCAGCCUGCGGGACGUGGCCAGCGGCUGGUUCUGCCUGAAGGAGUCGCGCUGGGAGGUGUACCGCAUGUCCAAGAUGUGCUGCUUCAUGUCGCAGGUGCGCUACAGCCUGCAGGACUCUCUACGCUUCCUGGUGCAAGACUCCCUGACCAACCUGACACGCUUCCUCCUGGACACCUGCCAGAGCGUGCUGCGCUGCCCGCCCGACAUGGAGUGGGGGCCCGACCUCAUCAACAGCCCUUACAAGCCCAAGAAGAGCCCACUGUUUCUGGUGGACUUGGUCCUGGACCAAGCCGGUGUCCACUACAGCACGCCACUGGAGAACGUUGAGACUUCUCUAAUAAGCCUCUUCGACAAAGGCAUUCUCUCCACUCACAACGUUCCCCAGUUAGAUAAGUUUGUGAUGAAGGAGAUGUUCAUUUGUGGCACGCCGCUGCUGGAGUCGGUGGGCCUGCUGGAGCCGGCGGUGGCGGAGCUGAGGGAGCGGGUGAGGCACGCACUGCGGCAGGCCGCCAUCCCGCUCAGGGCCUACGCGCGCCAGUACGAGUGCCACCUGGAGCUCCACAACUCUGACAUCGACACCUUCCUCCGGGCCCACAGCCAGCCGGAGCAGACGCCGCAGGAGGUGAAGCGGGAGGUGGAGGAGCACCUGAAGGAGAAGGAGGUGUUGGACCAGACGCUGCCCGCCUCCAUCGUCAUCGGGCCCUUCCUCGUCAGUGUGGAGAUGGUCCGCCAGACGCUCUCCAAGAAGCGCCGUGCCCUGGCCAACGCCGUCAUCGAGAAGCUGGCCACCAAGCUUGGCAAACAAGUGGAAGAUGCCUGUGAGGUGUGUAAGUCCAUCAGCAGGAAGCUGCACGUGAGGCCCAACAGCAUUGAGGAGCUGACGGAGCAGAGAGAGUGGAUGAAGCAGAUCCCAGAUCAGCUGAAGGCUCACGAGGAAGUGCUGUCCAAAGCCAUGAGUGACUAUGAAUUGAUUGAUGACUUUUUCUACAACCUCUCCAAUGACGAUUUCAAUGCUAAGUGGACGGCCAUGGCCUGGCCCCACAAGAUCGAGAAGCAGUUGGAGACGGUGGAGGAGCAGCACGUGGAGGACGAGGAGCGCUUUCACAAGAUCCAGCUGGUCGACCAGAACAACUUCCAGGACCGCCUCGAGUCCCUGCAAAUGCUGGUGGCUGGAUUUUCUGGCUACACGGAUGUGGCCCGGGCCCACGAGGUGGCCAACGAGGUACGGCGUGUCACCAAGCAGCUGAAGGAGUCCCAGGCCAUGGCCACCCUGUACAACAGCCGCGAGCGCAUGUUCAACAUCCCCGUCACCAAUUAUGACCGUCUGGCGAAGCUGACGCGGGACUUCCAGCCAUUCGGCGACCUGUGGACCACCACGUCUGAUUGGCUGCGCUGGCAGGAGAGCUGGAUGACCGACCCGCUGUCCACCAUCGACCCCGAGCAGCUGGAGAGAAACGUCAACGAAGCCUUCAAGGUCAUGCACAAGUGUGUCAAGCAGUUCAAGGACAUCCCAGCCUGUUGUGACGUGGCGAUGGAGAUCAGGGCCAAGAUCGAGGACUUCCGGCCGUUCAUCCCCCUCAUCCAGGGCCUGCGCAACCCCGGCAUGCGCAGUCGCCAUUGGCAGGUUCUGUCGGAGCAUAUUAACAUGGACGUGAAGCCCAAGGCCAACCUGACCUUCUCGCGCUGCCUGGACAUGGGCCUGCAGAACCACGUCAAGGACAUCGCCAUGGUGGCCGAAGUGGCCGGGAAGGAGUACGCCAUCGAGCAGGCUCUGGACAAGAUGGAGCAGGAGUGGUCGACGGUGGCCUUUGACGUGCUGCCGUAUAAGGAGACGGGCACCUACAUCCUGAAGAGCCCAGACGAGGCCUCCCAGCUCCUGGACGACCACAUCGUCAUGACGCAGAGCAUGUCCUUCUCCCCCUACAAGAAGCCCUUCGAGACCCGCAUCACCACCUGGGAGAGCAAGCUCAGGACCACGCAGGAUGUGCUGGAGGAGUGGCUGACGUGCCAGCGCUCGUGGCUCUACCUGGAGCCCAUCUUCAGCUCGGACGACAUCAACCGGCAGCUCCCCGUGGAGGGCAAGCGGUACCAGACCAUGGAGCGCACCUGGAGGAAGGUCAUGAAGAUGGCCAACGACAAUCGCCAGGUAAUAGAGGUGUGCCCGGACCCUCGGCUGUUGGAGAAUCUGAAAGACUGCAACAAGCUGUUGGAGAUGGUGCAGAAGGGCCUGAGCGAGUAUCUGGAGACCAAGCGCGGAUCCUUCCCCAGAUUCUACUUCCUGUCUGACGAUGAACUCCUAGAGAUCUUGUCCCAGACAAAAGACCCGACCGCUGUGCAGCCUCACCUGCGUAAAUGCUUUGAGAACAUCACGAAGCUGCAGUUCCAGUCGGACCUGCUGAUCACGCACAUGUACUCCGGAGAGGGCGAGGAGGUGAAGCUGGAGAUCCCGGUGCAGCCGUCGGGCAACGUGGAGGACUGGCUGAAGGAGGUGGAGACCUCCAUGAAGGCCAGCUUGAGGAGCAACAUCAAGCUCUCGCUGGAGGCCUAUCCACAGAAACCCCGUACUGAGUGGGUCCUGUCCUGGCCAGGCCAGGUGGUCAUCGCUGGCUGCCAGACCUUCUGGACCACUGAAGUGUCCGAGUCCCUGGAGAAAGGGGAUCUGGCCAGCCGCCUCUACCCUCAGCUGCAGGUUCAGCUGACCGAUCUAGUGCAGCUGGUGCGUGGUGGUCUGUCUAAGAUGCAGAGGGCUGUGCUGUCGGCCCUCAUCGUCAUCGAGGUGCACGCCAAAGAUGUGGCCGCCAAGCUGGUGGAGGAGGAGGUGUCCAGCGUGCACGACUUCGAGUGGAUCAGUCAGCUCAGGUAUUACUGGGCCAAGGAGGACCUGUACAUCCGAGCGGUGAAUGCUGAGUUCCUCUAUGGUUACGAGUACCUGGGCAACUCUGGACGUCUGGUCAUCACCCCUCUUACAGACAGGUGCUACCUGACGCUGACCGGGGCCCUUCAUCUGAAGUUUGGCGGGGCCCCAGCUGGCCCUGCAGGCACUGGCAAGACGGAGACCACCAAGGACCUGGGCAAAGCCCUGGCCAUCCAGACGGUGGUCUUCAACUGCUCCGACCAGCUGGACUUCAUGGCCAUGGGCAAGUUCCUCAAGGGCCUGGCCAGCUCUGGAGCCUGGGCGUGUUUCGAUGAGUUCAAUCGCAUUGACGUGGAGGUGUUGUCUGUGGUGGCCCAGCAGAUCACCACCAUCCAGAAAGCCCAGCAGCAGAGGGCGGAGAGGUUUGUGUUUGAAGGGGCAGAGAUUCCUCUGGUGCCGUCCUGUGCUGUCUUCAUCACCAUGAACCCCGGAUACGCUGGCCGCACGGAGCUGCCCGAUAACCUGAAGGCUCUGUUCCGGCCGGUGGCCAUGAUGGUGCCGGACUAUGCCAUGAUUGCCGAGAUCUCCCUCUACUCUUUUGGCUUCAGCGACGCCAAAGUCCUGUCCAAGAAGAUCACCAGCACCUUCAAACUCUCCUCCGAGCAGCUCAGCUCUCAGGACCACUAUGACUUUGGCAUGAGAGCCGUGAAGACAGUGAUCUCUGCUGCAGGAAACCUGAAAAGGGAAAACCCGGACAUGAAUGAGGAGCUGAUCUGCUUGCGUGCCAUCCGGGACGUGAACGUGCCCAAGUUCCUGCAGGACGACCUGAAGCUCUUCAGCGGCAUCGUGUCCGACCUCUUCCCCAAGAUCAAAGAGGAGCCCAUCGACUACGGCACCCUGGAGGAGUCAAUCCGCAACGUCUGCGCCAAGAAGUGUCUGAAGGAUGUGGACGGUUACAUCACCAAAUGCAUCCAGCUUUACGAGACCACGGUGGUACGCCAUGGCCUCAUGUUAGUAGGACCGUCCGGCUCGGGCAAAACCAAGUGUUACAAGGUUCUGGGCGCGGCGCUGACGGCUCUGCAGGGCCAGCCGUCUGUCAGUGGGGGCGUGUACGAGGCGGUGCAGACCUACGUCCUCAACCCCAAGUCCAUCACCAUGGGCCAGCUCUACGGGGAGUUCGACCUCCUCACUCACGAGUGGACAGAUGGCAUCCUGUCCUCCCUGGUGCGUGGUGGUGUGGCCUCCACUGAUGAGGAUAAGAAGUGGUACAUGUUCGACGGGCCCGUGGACGCCGUGUGGAUUGAGAACAUGAACACUGUGCUGGACGACAACAAGAAGCUCUGUCUCAGCUCUGGAGAGAUCAUCAAGCUCACCGAUACCAUGACCAUGAUGUUUGAGGUGCAGGACCUGGCGGUGGCGUCCCCAGCCACGGUGUCGCGCUGUGGGAUGGUCUACCUGGAGCCCAGCAUCCUGGGCCUCAAGCCCUUCACCGAGUGCUGGCUGCGCACCAUCCCCCCGGUCCUGCAGCAAUACACCGAGCAACUGGACUCACUCUUCACACGCUUCCUACAGGACUCCAUCGCGUUUGUGCGCACCUCAGUGAAGGAAGUCAUCACCUCCAUGGACAGCAACCUCACAUGCAGUCUGCUGAAACUACUGGACUGCUUCUUCCGGCCAUUCGUUCCUGAAGAGGGCAAGAAGCCACUUCCUCAGGAGAAGCUGUGUCGGCUGGGGGAGCUGAUCGAGCCGUGGUUCAUCUUCUCGCUGGUGUGGAGUGUGGGGGCCACAGGAGACGCCGGUAGCUGGCAGCUCUUCAGCACCUGGCUACGGGACAAGAUGGACGAGGAGAAGGUGGCGCUCUGCUUCCCGAAGGAGGGGCUGGUGUACGACUAUCAGCUGGACGAUGCGGGCAUCACUAGCAUGCCAGAGGAUGAGGAGGAGGACAAAGGCAAAAGGCAGGUGCAGUGGGUGAGCUGGAUGAAGAGUGCCCAUAGCGUGGUCAUCACGCCGGAGACCAGCUACUCGGACAUCAUCGUACCCACCGCCGACACAGUGCGCAUGUCCUUCCUCAUGGACAUGCUGCUGUCCAAUAAGAAACCAGUGCUGUGCAUUGGGCCGACAGGCACAGGAAAGACCCUCACCAUCUCAGACAAGCUGCUGAAGAACAUGCCGGCUGAGUACAUCACUCAAUUCCUCAUGUUCUCAGCUCGCACCUCGGCCAAUCAGACGCAAGAUUACAUCGACAGCAAGCUGGACAAGAGGCGAAAGGGGGUGUUCGGGCCGCCGCUGGGGAAGUAUUUUAUCUUCUUCAUCGAUGACUUGAACAUGCCCAUGCUGGAAACCUAUGGAGCCCAGCCCCCUAUCGAGCUGCUGCGCCAGUGGAUGGACCACCAGGGCUGGUACGACAGGAAACAGAUAGGUGCCUUCAAGUACCUUGUGGACAUCAACUUUGCGUGCGCCAUGGGUCCGCCCGGGGGUGGCCGGAACCCCAUCACGCAGCGCUUCACACGGCACUUCAACUUCCUCUCCUUCACCGAGAUGGAUGACAGCAGCAAGAUGAAGAUCUUCUCCACCAUCCUGGGCAACUGGAUGGAGAAGGUGACGGACAUCUUGCCCCUGAACGAGGCUCUGGUGCAGGCCACCAUCCACGUGUACGCCACCAUCACCUCCAGCCUGCUGCCCACGCCGGCCAAGUCCCACUACACCUUCAACCUGCGAGACCUCUCCAAGGUCUUCCAGGGCAUCCUCAUGGCCGAGGCCAGUAAGGUCGAGACGAAGGAGCACCUGCUGCGGCUGUGGUACCACGAGAGCUGCCGCGUCUUCCAGGACCGGCUGGUGAGCGCGGAGGACCGGCAGUGGUUCGACCAGCUGCUGCAGAGCCGCAUCAGUGAGUUCGACUGCAGCUUCGACGAGGUGGUGCCCUCCCAGCCCAUCCUCUUCGGGGACUUCAUGGUGCCAGGGACGGACAAGGUCUACCAGCACAUCGAGGACAGGGAAAAGCUGGCCCAGGUGAUGGAGGAGUACAUGGAGGACUAUAACCAGAUCAGCACGGCCAAGCUGAAGCUGGUGCUGUUCAUGGACGCCAUCCAGCACGUGUGCCGCAUCAGCCGCAUCCUGCGCCAGCCCCUGGGGAACGCCCUGCUGCUGGGGGUGGGGGGCAGCGGCCGCCAGUCCCUCACCAAGCUGGCCAGCCACAUGUCGGACUACGAGUGUUUUCAGAUUGAGCUGUCUAAGAACUACGGCAAUGCGGAGUGGAGGGAGGACAUCAAGAGCAUCAUGCUGAAGGCCGGCAUGACCAACGUGCAGAUCACAUUCCUCUUCGUAGACACUCAGAUCAAGAGCGAGUCCUUCCUGGAGGACAUCAACAACAUCCUGAACUCGGGCGACGUGCCCAACCUGUACGCCACGGACGAGCAGGAGCGCAUCCUGAACGCCAUGAAGCCCGUGGUGCAGGAGCUGGGGCAGCAGCCCACCAAGUCCAACAUGAUGGCCGCCUACAUACGCCGCGUGCGCAGCAACAUCCACACCGUGCUCUGCAUGAGCCCCAUUGGUGAGGUGUUCCGCGCGCGCCUCCGGCAGUUCCCCUCUCUGGUCACCUGCUGCACCAUCGACUGGUUCAGCGCCUGGCCAGAGGAGGCGCUGGAGUCCGUGGCCUCCUCCUUCCUGGGAGAGCUGCCCGAGCUGGACGCCUCCAACACCGUCAUGAAAGGCCUGAGCAUGAUGUGUGUGAGGAUCCACCAGAUCGUGUUCAGGAUGUGUGGCCAGUACCUGGCGGAGCUGUCGCGCUACAACUACGUGACGCCCAAGAGCUACCUGGAGCUGCUCAGCAUCUUCUCCUCGCUCAUCGGCUGCAAGAAGCAGGAGCUGCACGGGGCCAAGAAGCGCAUGAAGACCGGCCUGGACAAGCUGUUGAGCACGGCCCAGGACGUGAGUAAGAUGCAGGAGGAGCUGGAGAUGAUGAGGCCUCUCCUGGAGGAGGCUGCCAAGGACACGGAGGUCACCAUGGAGCAGAUCAAGAAAGACAGGGCGGUGGCGGAGGAGACGCGCACGGCCGUGCAGGCGGAGGAGGCCAAGGCCACCGAGAAGGCCAAGGUGGCCCACGCCAUCGCCGACGACGCCCAGAAGGACCUGGAUGAGGCCCUGCCCGCCCUUGAUGCCGCCCUCACCAGCCUCAAGUCCCUCAACAAGAACGACGUCAUUGAGGUGCGAGCCAUGCAGAGGCCUCCGCAGGGAGUGAGGCUGGUCAUCGAGGCGGUGUGCAUCAUGAAGGGCCUCAAGCCCAAGAUGGUGGCGGGAGACAAGCCGGGCGUCAAGAUCGCAGACUACUGGGAGCCAGGGAAGGGCCUACUGCAGGACCCAGGGAAGUUCCUGGAGGGCCUGUUCAAGUUUGACAAGGAUAAUAUCCCGGACACGGUGAUCAAGCUGGUGCAGCCCUACAUCGACAACGAGGAGUUCCAGCCAGCCUCCAUCGCCAAGGUGUCCAAGGCCUGCACCUCCAUCUGCCAGUGGGUGCGCGCCAUGUACAUCUACCACUUCGUCGCCAAGGCAGUGGAGCCCAAGCGGCAAGCGCUAAACGAGGCGCAGGAGGACCUGGCGGUGACUCAGCGUAUCCUGGAUGAUGCGCGGGACAAGCUGACGAUGGUGGAGGAGGGAAUCGCCACCCUGCAGGCCAAGUACAGCGACUGCCUGGCCAAGAGAGACGAGCUGGACAGCAAGUGUCAGCUCUGUGAAAAGAGGCUCAUCCGCGCAGACAAGCUGAUUGGCGGCCUGGCGGAUGAGAAGGUGCGCUGGAAGGAGACAGUGCAGAACCUGGAGUACAUGGUGGACAAUGUGGCGGGAGACGUGCUGCUGUCAGCUGCAUACGUGGCCUACCUAGGCCCAUUCACUGGGGAGUACCGGGCCUCCAUGAGUGAAGAGUGGCUGGAGGGCUUCAAGGAGCUGGGAGUCCCCCACACCGAGCCAAACCUCAUCGCCACGCUGGGAGACAAAGUUAAAAUACGCUCCUGGCAGAUCACAGGCCUGCCAAAGGAUAACCUGUCUGUGGAGAAUGGUGUGAUUGUUCAGUAUUCCCAGCGCUGGUGUCUCUUCAUAGACCCCCAAGGACAGGCCAACAAGUGGGUCAAAAACAUGGAGCGCGACAACGGAUUGGACGUGAUGAAACUGAGCGACCGGGACUUCCUGCGUAGCCUGGAGAACGCCAUCCGCUUUGGGAAGCCCUGCCUACUGGAGAACGUGGGGGAGGAGCUGGACCCUGCCCUGGACCCUGUGCUGCUCAGACAGACGUUUAAGCAGCAGGGCAAUGUGGUGCUGAAGCUGGGAGACACAGUGAUCCCCUAUCACGACGACUUCAAGAUGUACCUGACCACCAAGCUGCCCAACCCCCACUACUCGCCUGAGAUCUCCACCAAGGUCACCCUCAUCAACUUCACCCUGUCGCCAAGUGGCCUAGAGGACCAGCUGCUGGGCCGGGUGGUGGCGGAGGAGCGGCCCGACCUGGAGGAGGCCAAGAACCAGCUGAUCAUCAGCAACGCGCGCAUGAAGCAGGAGCUGAACGAGAUCGAGGACCAGAUCCUGUUCCGCCUCAGCUCGUCUGAGGGCAACCCCGUGGACGACGAGGAGCUCAUCCGCGUCCUGGGCGCCUCCAAGAUCAAAGCGGCCGAGAUCAAGGCUAAAGUAAUGGUGGCUGAAGAGACGGAGAAUGACAUCGACGCCACCCGUCUGGAGUACGUGCCGGUGGCCGUGCGCACCCAGAUCCUCUUCUUCUGCGUGUCGGACCUGUCCAACGUGGACCCCAUGUACCAGUACUCCUUGGAGUGGUUCCUGGGCAUCUUCAUGGCUGGCAUUGGCAACUCAGAGAGGGCUGCCACGGUUGAGGAGCGUAUUGACAACAUCAACGAGUACUUCACCUACAGCUUGUUCUGUAAUGUGUGCCGCAGUUUGUUUGAGAAACACAAGCUGAUGUUCGCCUUCCUGCUGUGUGCUCGCAUCAUGAUGAACGAGAAUAAAAUAGACAUGGCCGAGUGGCGUUUCCUGCUUGCGGGAGGCAUGGCGCAGCAGGAGCUGUCCAACCCGGCGGUGUCCUGGCUCUCGGAACGUGCCUGGCAGGAUAUCCUGGCCCUCAGCGCGCUGCCCACCUUCAACACCCUGGCAACCACCUUCUCCGGCUGCAUGUGGGGCUUCAAGAAGAUCUUUGAUAGCGGCCAGCCACACAGAGAGCCGGUCCCUGGGGAGUGGGACAGGAAGCUGAGCUCCUUCCAGAAGCUUCUGAUCCUGCGCUGCCUGCGCGCCGACUGCCUGACUCAGGGACUGCAGGACUUUGUGGCCACGCAGCUGGGCCAGCGCUUCAUCGAGCCUCAGACGUCCGAUCUGUCGGCGGUCUUCAAGGAGUCGUCCGCCAUCACCCCUCUCAUCUUCGUGCUGUCUCCCGGCACAGAUCCAGCGGCGGACCUCUACAAGUUUGCCGACGUCAUGAACUUCUCCAAGAAGAUGAGCGCCAUCUCUCUGGGCCAAGGCCAGGGGCCGUGGGCCGAGGCCAUGAUGAUCAGUGCCAUGGAGAGAGGCAAAUGGGUCUUCUUCCAGAACUGCCACCUGGCACCCAGCUGGAUGCCCUCCCUGGAGCGCCUCAUAGAGAACAUCGACCCGGAGAAGGUGCACAGAGACUUCCGCCUGUGGCUCACCAGUCUGCCCAGCAACAAGUUCCCCGUGUCCAUUCUUCAGAACAGCUCCAAGAUGACCAUCGAGCCACCUCGCGGCAUCAAAGCCAACCUGCUGAAGAGCUACCUGAGUCUCAACGAUGACUUCCUCUACUCCUGCUCCAAGGUGUUGGAGUUUAAAUCUCUCCUCCUGUCCCUCUGCCUGUUCCAUGGUAAUGCCAUUGAGCGCAGGAAGUUCGGGCCCCUGGGCUUCAACAUUCCGUACGAGUUCACCGAUGGAGACCUGCGCAUCUGCAUCAGCCAGCUCAAGAUGUUCCUGGACGAGUACAAAGACAUUCCCUACAAGGUGCUGAAGUAUACGGCAGGUGAGAUCAACUACGGUGGCCGUGUGACUGACGACUGGGACAGGCGCUGCAUCCUCAACAUCCUGGAGGAUUUCUACUGCCCCGCCGUGCUGGAGCACGAACACAAGUACUCCCCCUCGGGGGCCUACCGGCAGAUCGACACCGACCUGGAUGUCAAGGGGUACCUGACAUACAUCCGCGCCCUUCCCAUCAACGACGCUCCGGAGAUCUUCGGCCUCCAUGACAACGCCAACAUCAGCUUUGCCCAGAACGAGGCGUUUGCCCUGCUGGGUGCCGUGGUGCAGCUUCAGCCCAGGGCCGCAGCCAAAGGGGGCAAGAGCAGAGAGGAGAUCGUGGAGGGGAUUGUGUCGGGCAUCGUGGAGAAGAUCCCCAGCCCCAUAGAUGUGGAGGAGGUGAUGAGCAAGUAUCCUGUUCUCUACGAGGAGUCCAUGAACACCGUACUCAUCCAGGAAGUGAUAAGGUACAAUAAGCUACUGGAGGUCAUCUCUCGGAGCCUGGUGGACCUGGUGAAGGCUCUGAAGGGCUUGGUAGUGAUGUCGUCGGAGCUGGAGCUGAUGGCCAACAGCCUGUUCAUCAACGCCGUGCCGGACAUGUGGAAAGCCAAGGCGUACCCGUCCCUGAAGCCCCUGGCCUCCUGGGUGGCGGACCUCCUCCAGAGGAUCAGCUUCCUGCAGGGCUGGAUCUGGGACGGCAUCCCCUCCGUCUUCUGGAUCAGCGGCUUCUUCUUCCCGCAGGCCUUCCUGACCGGCACGCUGCAGAACUUUGCACGCUGCUCCCUGCUCUCCAUCGACACCAUCGGCUUCGACUUCAAGGUGAUGAAGGAGUCUGCGUCUCAGCUGACCAAGAGGCCUGCUUCGGGCUGCUACAUCCACGGGCUGUUUCUGGAGGGGGCUCGCUGGGACCCGCAGGCCGGGGUUCUGGUCCAGUCCCGGCCCAAGGAGCUGUACACGGAGAUGGCCGUGCUCUGGCUGGUGCCCGAGCCCAACCGCAAAGCCCCCAGCUCGGGCAUCUACGUCUGCCCCAUCUACAAGACCCUGACGCGUGCCGGGACUCUUUCCACGACGGGUCACUCGACCAACUAUGUGAUAGCUGUGGAGCUGCCCACAGACAAGACCCAAAAGCACUGGAUUAAGCAGGGCGUGGCUCUCAUCUGUGCCUUGGACUACUGAGCACGCCCACACACAACCGUCAUUCAGCACUGAGCACAUAUGUAUAUAUAUUUUUAAGAGACAAAGCCACACAUGCAAUUCACACUGACUUUGGGUUCUCCGUUUCCUGGAAAUGGCUCCAAUAAAUGGCUAUCAAUAUUUCA